AUGGGAAGGGUUAGUAGUAUAAAUACAGUUGAAUCAGCAUAUUCAGCGCCAAGUAUGGCACCAGCAGUUAGAGGUAGUGUGGAGAGUGAGGAUCAUUUUAGUAGCUUUGACAAUUCUGUGAAUGCGGUGUCGUUUGGAUUUGUUGCCACUGCCAUUCUCAUCUCUAUGUUCCUAGUCAUGGCUCUUUUUGAGAGGUUUCUCCGCCCCAGAUCAACAGCUGCCGACGGUGGCCACAGCCCUGGCGGGGUUGAGAAUAUGAGGGCUCAAGGGAAGCUCAACUACCCUUCUCCCAAGAUGACUGUUUAUGCCAAAGGGGUGUCAGUAUUGAUGCCGGGAGAAGAAAUUCCAACUUUCAUAGCGCACCCUGCUCCAGCAACAUGUCCUUUAGAAUAA